AUGGCUUCAUCUGACCGCCAGAUGAGGGUCGCAGUUCCUCCCCCGUUGUGGUUGACGUUCAGUGCAUUAAUCUGUUGUUUCGUUCUUUUUCUUAAGCUGACAGAGUUGUUGCAGUGGUAUGCAGCCACCUUUAGAGACCCCAUGAUGCUCCAGCCCCCAGAGUGGUUUAAGGCGUUUAUAUAUUGCGAAGCCUUCUUACAAAUGCCCUUCUUCCCCAUCGCAGUGUACGCCUUCUUAAAAGGUGGCUGCAAAUGGAUACGGACUCCUGCCAUUAUCUACUCCACCCACGUAGCUACAACUUUGUUUGCUAUCCUUGCGCAUAUCCUGUUCCACGAUUUCUCGAAGUCUGAGCAUUUGGGACCUCAGACACAACGUGAACGCCUAAUUCUGCUCUCGAUAUAUGCGCCAUACUUGCUGAUACCUCUUCUGAUUCUUUUUACCAUGCUCUACAACCCCCAUUAUAACCACGUGGAGAAAAGGAAAAGGAAGUAGCCCACUGUCGCAGGUGUAAGCACAACACUCGUACUGGUUUUGAUUCAGACCCUGUGCUGACGUAGUCCUCCGGGACAAACAUCCGUCUCGUGGUGUUGGCUGCAACAGCUAUUGCCAGAGCAGCUGGCUCCUGCAAGGAAAACUUGGUUUGAGUUCACAGCUCUCCUUUAAUCAGAAAUAGCUUCGGCAGACGCCUGCAUUAGCAAUUUCGCGUGGUUUCUGGGCGCGCGCAGGUGGAGGGACCGCUCUCCUCUCCCACUGUCAGUUUUGUGCGGUACAUCCCUGAUAGGGAAAUAAACAACCAUUUGAUGUGUGGCUGUGAUGGGGGGAGGUGGACACUACAGCUGAUACUUUUCUUUCAAGUUCCCUUUUUCCAAGAUGAGUGUUGGAAAACCACUUAAGUGAGAACUUUGUCUUCCAAGAGCAUAUUCUGCAAAAUCCCUAACUGAUGAUAUACGGAUUUGCAAAGCUAUGCUUCUGAAGCGUUUCAAAUCAUGUAAUAAUUCUUACCUUCCUCGCCCCUUCCUUUGCUUUGCUUCAAUUUUGAUUAAUUGUAAAUGUCUGAUCAGUGAUAAAUGUGCCAAAAACUGGAUUUCUGAAUGCUUAAAGUGACCCUUGUUUGACAACGAGGCAUACUUCCUAGGGGACGUUGAAGUACUUCAGGAAUUGUAAACAAGGAUUUGUAGAUUUCUCUUGGCCAUGAAAUCACUUCUAGUAUGGAAAUAAAUAACUAAAUGCCUCUGAACUGCAUUUAAUCUUCUUAAGGGAAUGACUAAAGGGAAUGAACUAUCGUAGAUAGUUCACACAGUAAAUAUAUGCAUUAGACUUUGAAGUUACAGUAAAUAAAACCUACUACUGAUAGAAUUUCUGGGUUGGUUUUUUUGGUUGUUGGGUUUUU